GACGAAUAUAGUAGGAAAGGUUCAAAGGUUGCAGAGAGAGAGAGAGACGACGAUUGCUAUGGGAUCUAGAUUAUAGAAAGAGAACAAACGAAGAAGAUAGAUUUGAUUAUAUACAUAUAUAUAUAUAUUAUAUAUAUAUAUAUAUAGAGAGAGAGAGAGAUUGAGACGGAAAUCGGAAAAGCAGGAACGGUGACUGGUUAAAGAGGAAUCGAGAUUUACUGGAACGAGUCGUUUGUUCUUCACCGGAGAUUUAUCAGCGAAGGAGAUGCAGAAACGGCGGUGGAGAUUCUUAGGACUGCUAAGGCGGUUUUUAACAUUCGCCAUCGGCUCGAUAAGUCUGGUGGCUCUGUUUUCAUGUCAUAUACAUCUUUCUCCAUCGUCCGACUCGCCAAAGUUGCUUGAUUACUCUUCGUAUAACCUUCCAAAGAAAUCAAGUGAACAACGAAGCUGGAAGAUAGAUGAUACGGAUCAACACUUGUCAGAAGUUUCUCAUCCUUCACGAAAGUUGGAUGAUGCAAAGAAGAGUUUGAACAUUUUCAAUUCCAAGCUGUGGAAGCCACCACCUAAACGUGAUUAUGGUCCAUGUGUGGACUCGUCUUCGAACUACACAUCACCAGAGGAGGGAUCUGGAGGUUACCUUCUUGUUCAUACUAAUGGCGGGCUGAAUCAGAUGCGAGCUGGGAUAUGCGACAUGGUUGCUGUGGCUCGUAUUAUAAAUGCUACUCUUGUUAUUCCAGAACUGGAUAAACGAUCAUUUUGGCAGGACACUAGCAACUUUUCUGAUGUUUUUGACGAAGAUCAUUUCAUUAGUUCAUUGAGCAAUGAUGUAAAGAUUGUGAAAAAGCUCCCUAAGAAACUCUCAGCUGCUACUCGUGCAGUAAAGAAUUUCAGAAGCUGGUCUGGAUUAAAUUAUUACCAGGAAGAGAUAGCUAGCUUGUGGACUGAUUAUCAAGUCAUUCGAGCAGCGAAAUCUGAUUCACGGCUAGCAAAUAAUAAUCUUCCCCUUGAUAUUCAGAAGUUGCGUUGCCGAGCUUGUUACAAAGCUUUACGCUUCUCACCAAGGAUCGAGGCAAUGGCAAAAUUGUUGGUUGACCGUAUGAGAUCCUAUGGUCCUUAUAUUGCUUUGCAUUUACGAUACGAGAAAGACAUGCUUUCUUUUAGUGGUUGUACGCAUGGUUUGUCACCCGAAGAAGCUGAGGAACUAAAGAUAACCAGGGAGAAUACUGCAUAUUGGAAAAUAAAAGAGAUAAAUUCGACUGAGCAGAGGAGCAAAGGUUAUUGCCCCUUAACACCAAAGGAAGUAGGAGUUUUCCUCAAUGGUUUUGGAUUUCCUUCCAGCACUCCGAUAUAUAUGGCUGCUGGAGAGAUAUACGGAGGUGAUUCGCAUAUGACUGAUCUGCAAUCGCGUUUUCCCUUGUUAAUGAACAAGGUAUAGGGCUUGGGAGUUUGUGGUCGAUUUGUUGCUUCUUCUUUUUCCUCAAAUGAUUUAUUUCAGGAAAAAUUGUCAUCGAGAGAAGAACUUGAGCCAUUUGUGAAUCACGCAUCUCAAAUGGCUGCAUUAGACUACAUAGUGUCAGUGGAGAGUGACAUAUUUAUUCCUUCAUUUUCCGGGAACAUGGCUAGGGCAGUUGAAGGACAUCGUCGUUUCCUAGGACAUCGGAAGACCAUUUCUCCAGACAGGAAAGCCCUUGUUCGCCUUGUUGACAAAAUAGAGGCGGGAACUUUGAAAGAGGGGAAAAAGUUGUCCAACCGCAUUUUUGAAAUUCACAGACGAAGACAAGGAUCUCCUCGGAAGAGAAAAGGUCCGAUAACUGGAACGAAAGGAAUGGAUAGGUUUCGUUCAGAAGAGUCGUUUUACGAGAAUCCAUUGCCCGAUUGUCUGUGUCAGAAUCAAAGCACAAUGGUUUAGUUUAGAUUAGUUCAUUACGGAGGUAACUAAUUAACUCUGAGAUAGUGAAUUCUUACCACACUUGAUUUGAGAGAGUUCAUUCAGAUCAUAUGUAUUUAACUGGGAUGAUGCAUUCAUUGUUUAUUGAAUUUCUGUGUUUAUAGAUAAAUAUAUGGUUGUAACUUUGAAACAAAAAAGAGUAAUAAUUCUUUUCAUUGUUUACUUU